UUGUCUCCCCCUGUGAAGUCUUUGAGUUGGGUUUCUUCAAGCCAGGCAAUAUUUCAGGCUGGUACUUGGGCAUGUAUAUGGUACAAAAAUGUCCAAAACAGUACAGUUGUUUGGGUGGCCAACAGAGACACCCCACUUUCAAAUCCAUCAGGAGCUCUUUUGAUGACUGGUGAACAUGGAAACAUUGUCCUUCUUGAUCCAUCUGGAAAUGUCACUUGGUCCUCCAAUCACACCCAAGUUUUGAGACCAAAUGUCCUGCUUUUGGAUAUAGGCAAUCUUGUGAUCAAAGAAGGAACCGAAAACAGCCCAACAUUUUUCUGGCAGAGCUUUGAUUAUCCCACACACAUUCUGCUUCCGGAUAUGAAGCUUGGAUGGAAGUUGAGCACAGGUUUAAACAGGUACUUGACCUCGUGGAAAAGCUCAGAGGACCCGUCAACAGGGGACUUUUCUAUCAAACUAGAUCACCAUGGCUUCCCGGAGAUUUUCCUUUGGGACAAACAUGUUAAAAACUUUCGAACCGGCCCCUGGAAUGGGAUGAUAUUUAGUGGUGUGCCGGAAAAUGUGUGCUUCAAAGCAUGGUGUCAAUUUCAACUUCGUUACGAAACAAGAUGA